AUGAGUACACCAUUUGGUUUAGAUCUAGGUAACCACAACAGUGUUCUGGCGGUGGCCAGAAACAGAGGUAUCGAUAUUGUGGUGAAUGAAGUGUCAAAUCGUUCGACCCCAUCGAUGGUUGGAUUUGGACAAAAAAACAGAUUUUUGGGAGAAGGUGCCAAGAACAAGCAAACGUCGAACAUUAAGAACACCGUGGAGAGUUUGAAGCGUAUUGUCGGGUUGAACUACGACGACGUUGACUUUGAAACCGAAAGCAAAUACUUCCAGUCCAAGUUGGUCAAACUUGACGACGGGAAGAUUGGCGCCCAGGUCAGACUUGGCGGCGAACAAGUGGUGUUCUCCGCUACCCAGCUUGUGGCCAUGUUCAUCAACAAAGUCAAAAGCACCGUGGUGGAAGAAACUAAAGGCAAAAUCACGGAUGUGGCUAUCGCUGUUCCAGCUUGGUACUCUGAGGAGCAACGCUAUGCGGUUGCAGACGCUGCUAGAAUCGCAGGUCUCAACCCUGUUAGAGUCGUGAACGAUGUGACAGCAGCUGCCGUCACCUACGGUGUUUUCAAGAGCGAAAUGCCUGAAGGCGAACAAAAGCCAAGAAUCGUGGCUUUCGUCGACAUUGGGCACUCCACCUACACCUGUAGCAUCGGUGCUUUCAAGAGAGGCGAGCUUAAAAUCCUCGGUACCGCUUACGACAAGCACUUUGGUGGUAGAGACUUUGACCGUGCCAUCACCGAGCACUUCGCCGACGAGUUCAAGACCAAAUACAAGAUCGAUAUCAGAGAAAACGCCAAGGCUUACAACAGAGUCAUCACUGGCGCCGAGAGAUUGAAGAAAGUGUUGUCUGCUAACAGUACGGCUCCAUUCUCUGUGGAAUCCGUCAUGAACGACGUGGAUGUUUCCUCGCAAAUGAGUCGUGAAGAAUUGGAAAGCUUGGUUGCACCUCUAUUGGAACGUGUUACUGACCCAGUCACCAGAGCUUUGGCGGAGGCUAACUUGAAGCCUGAAGAUGUCGACUUCGUCGAAAUCAUUGGUGGUACUACCCGUAUCCCAUGUUUGAAGAACGCCAUCUCCGAAGCUUUUGGCAAGCCAUUGUCCACCACUUUGAACCAAGACGAGGCUAUUGCCAAGGGUGCUGCCUUCAUCUGUGCCAUCCACUCCCCAACGAUGAGAGUGCGUCCUUUCAAGUUUGAGGAUGUUCACCAGUACUCUGUCUCUUACUCGUGGGACAAACAAGAAGAGGAUGAAGACCAUCUAGAGGUUUUCACCGCUGGAUCCCAGUUCCCUUCUACUAAGUUGAUUACUCUGCACCGUACUGGUGACUUCUCCAUGGAAGCCAGUUACACCAACCCAGAAAAGCUUCCAGCUGGAAUCCCAACUCACAUUGCUAAGUGGAACAUCACUGGCGUGAAGAUUCCAAGCGGACAGUCCUCUGUCCCAGUCAAGCUAAAGCUAAGAUGUGACCCAUCUGGCUUGCACAUCAUCGAGAGCGCAUACUCCGUGGAAGACAUCGAAGUCGAAGAAGAAGUUCCUCGUGCUGCUGAUGCUCCAGAGGAUGCCGAGCCUGAGUACAAGAAGGUCACCAAGACCGUCAAGAAAGACGAUCUAACAAUUGUUGCUCACACUUUUGCACUACCAGAAGAGACAUUGAACGAGUUGAUUGAAAAGGAGAAUGAUCUUUUCUCUCAGGAUAAACUUGUCGCUGAGACUGAAGACCGCAAGAACGCGCUAGAAGAAUACAUCUACACUUUGCGUGGUAAGCUUGACGAAGAAUACUCUACUUUCGCGUCCGAUGACGAGAAGACCAAGUUGAGAGACAUGCUAGCAAAGGCUGAAGACUGGUUGUACGAAGACGGCUUCGACUCUACCAAGGCUAGAUACAUUGCGAAGUACGAGGAAUUGGCAUCUUUGGGUAACAUGAUCAGAGGUAGAUACCUUGCAAAGGAGGAAGAGAAGAAACAAGCUUUGAGAUCCAAGCAAGAAUCUGAAAGAAUGGCUGAGCUAGCUGAGAAAUUGGCCGCUCAAAGAAAGGCUGAAGCUGAAAAACAAGAAGAAACCCCUAAGCCUGACGCCGAGGGCGAUAUCGAUUUGGAUUAA